UACUUUGUAAACACUGUUUUAAGGAUAACACACACACACACAGACGAUGCUGUGUCUGAAAGCCCGAACUCUCUUUUCCCCGUCAUUUUCUAACACUUUCUCACCUCCCAUACGCCUCCCCCACCUCAAACCCUCAUUUUCCUUAAAACCUUACACUCAAUCCCCACCGUCCAAACCCACCACCAACAUCAAGAUGUCGUCGGAGACCAUCGAACACGUGGUCCUCUUCAAGGUCAAGGACAACACCGACCCAUCCAAGGUCAACGCGAUGGUCAACGGCCUGAACGCCCUGAUCUCCCUCGAGCAAGUCGUCCACAUCACAGCCGGUCCAGUCCUCCGCACCAGAUCCCAGCCCCUCACCUUCACCCACGUCCUCCAUAGCCGUUACAAAUCCAAAGACGACCUCGCCGCCUACUCGGCUCACCCUAGCCACGUCAGCGUCGUCAAAGAAAACGUCCUCCCCAUAGUCGACGACAUCAUGGCCGUCGAUUGGGUCUCCUCCUCCUCCGACGAAGGCCACGUGUACUCGGUCCCUUCUGGUUCGGCUGUAAAACUCACUUUAUUGAAGCUCAAGGAGAACCUGGGCGAAGAUGUGAAAUCCGAGAUCUUCAGGGCUAUAAAAGGAAUUAAAGAUAGCUUCCCACAGAUUAGUCAGAUUUCUUAUGGAGAAAACUUCUCGCCCGCCAGAGCAAAGGGGUACACGCUGGCCUCACUCGCGGUUUAUCCUGGAGUUAGCGAUUUGGAAGCCGUGGAUUCGAAUCACGAGUUUGUGAAUUCGCAGAAGGAUAAGGUUAGGGAUUACCUGGAGAGUGUGGUCGUCGUUGAUUACGUGGUCCCGUCGCCACAAUCCGCGAGUCUUUGAUGGUAUUUACUAGUACUAUUUAUGUUACCAGUAAAAAAAACCCAAAGCCUGAUAAAAAAUUACUACUAAUAAUAAGCUUUACCUUUAUUUCGAAUCACGGCGCAAUUGGAUAAAUUUUGAAUUAUGAAAUGCAAUGUUUUAUGCAUUCAUUUUAUUGGAAAUCUUACAUGAACGCUGAAUUUUGUAUUAAUCAUCUUGAUAUGUUGUAAGCAUAAGAUAUUUAGGUAUAAGGAGAGAGAUAUAAUCCAACCAUGGAUUGGUCUAAGUUCAUUAGAAAGUUAGGGCAAAUUACAAUUUAGCCACAUGUGGUUUACCUAAGUUGGCUACUUGUGGUUUGAAAUUUGACAUUUUUCUUGUCUGAGGUUAGCUCAGUUAGAUUUCUAUAACCUGCCUCUGUAAAAACAGAGCGAAAUAUGUAAUUUUGCUCCA